CCUUGCGCCAGGAAACUGAGCCUCUUGCAGCAGCUCCUCUGCCCAAUGGGGGGCGGCAGCAUUCCAGCAACUCACUCCCUGAGGUUGUGUAGGCGGCAGGAGCGAUUCGCGUUCAAAAUCUUUUGACUCUACCCGCUCUCCGUAGCGCCUUAGCCCGCUAGAGUUUCAAGGCGCGUUGUUCUUUGACGAAGCUGAGUCCUAUACACCGCCUGCUGCUUUCCAGAGCAUGGCUUCUCCGAGUUCCUUCACCUACUGUUGCCCUCCAUCUUCCUCCCCUGUCUGGUCAGAGCCGCUGUACAGUCUGAGGCCCGAGCACGCGCGGGAGCGGUUGCAGGACGACUCGGUAGAAACAGUCACGUCCACGGAACAGGCAAAAGUAGAAGAAAAGAUCCAAGAGGUCUUCAGUUCUUACAAGUUCAACCACCUUGUACCAAGGCUUAUUUUGCAGAGGGAGAAGCACUUCCAUUAUCUGAAGAGAGGCCUCCGACAGCUGACAGAUGCCUACGAGUGUCUGGAUGCCAGCCGCCCAUGGCUCUGCUACUGGAUCCUGCACAGCUUGGAACUCCUAGAUGAGCCCAUUCCCCAGAUGGUGGCGACAGACGUGUGUCAGUUCCUGGAGCUGUGUCAAAGCCCAGAAGGUGGCUUCGGAGGGGGCCCUGGCCAGUACCCACAUCUUGCGCCCACGUAUGCAGCAGUCAACGCGCUGUGCAUCAUUGGCACCAAAGAGGCCUAUGAUGUCAUUAACAGAGAGAAGCUUCUCCAGUAUUUGUACUCGCUGAAGCAACCCGAUGGCUCUUUUCUCAUGCACGUUGGAGGUGAGGUGGACGUGAGAAGUGCGUACUGUGCCGCCUCAGUAGCUUCUCUGACCAACAUCAUCACUCCAGACCUGUUUGAGGGCACUGCUGAAUGGAUCGCAAGGUGUCAGAACUGGGAAGGUGGAAUUGGCGGGGUGCCAGGGAUGGAAGCCCACGGUGGCUAUACUUUCUGUGGCCUGGCUGCACUGGUCAUCCUCAAGAAGGAACGCUUCUUGAACUUGAAGAGCUUAUUACAAUGGGUGACAAGCCGGCAGAUGCGGUUUGAAGGUGGAUUUCAGGGCCGCUGUAACAAGCUGGUGGACGGCUGCUACUCCUUCUGGCAGGCGGGGCUCCUGCCUCUGCUCCACCGUGCACUGCACGCCCAAGGUGACCCUGCCCUCAGCAUGAGCCGCUGGAUGUUUCAUCAGCAGGCCCUGCAGGAGUACAUUCUUAUGUGCUGCCAGUGCCCCACCGGGGGGCUUCUGGAUAAACCUGGCAAGUCCCGGGACUUCUACCACACCUGCUACUGCCUGAGCGGCCUAUCCAUAGCCCAGCACUUCGGCAGUGGAGCCAUGUUGCACGAUGUGGUCCUGGGUGUGCCUGAAAACGCCCUGCAGCCCACUCACCCUGUGUACAAUAUUGGACCAGAUAAGGUGAUCCAGGCCACCAUGCACUUUCUGCAGAAGCCAGUUCCAGGCUUCGAGGAGCAUGAGGAUGAGGCAACAGCAGAGCCUGCCACCGACUAGAGGACAUGGUGUCACGCAGCUCUGUGUUCACCCACCUCCCCAGUCAGACCAAGGUUUAUACAUUUCGAUACAUACUGCAUUCUGUGCUGCAUAAGCCUUGGCUGCUGUGAAGCUUGGUCCUCUGUCCUUUCUUGUUAAACAAAACAAAACUGAUGGCUCUGUGUUUAGAGAACACAGUCGUGCGGUUUUAAAAAAAUUCUUUCCACUCCUGUCCAACUGAAAAUCUUCAGCCACGUGG